AUGCUCAUGGCCGGCAAGGUCAAGUCGAACCUCGAGCGCUUCAUGUACCGCACCCCGCACGACUCCUUGGGGAGCUGGAAUUCCAAGACCAUGUAUUCGACCGAAAAGCGCUUUUGGUUCAGGCACCUGCCGUGGUUCCCAGGCGCCGUCACGCCUAUCUGUAUUACUGCCCACGACGAGAUUGCCAAAAAUUAUACCCGCGAUGGCCAGAUCGUCACCGUGCCGUUCCUGAAAACCCGCACUGCCGCCCACAUCUAUUAG